AUGAGUAGCCGUGGAAACUUUGGAGAUGAACCUGAAAGUGAAAAUCAAUUUUCCUCUCAUUCUGCGAUGCUUCAUACAAAUGCUCCAACAACAAGAAUGGAUACACAAGAAAUGUCCUCAAAUCAGGAUUCAUUAGUUUCAUCUGGCCGUGCUUUUAAUAAUCCACGUCGUACUGAUAUUCCUUCAAAUAUUUCUCAUCAACGUUUCCAUAUUGUUAGAAGAGAAGAAGAGGGACAAGAAUCAACAGUUAUGACUAGUGAUAUGUUACCCAAUAUGGAGCAAAAGUUUAUUUGGGGUACUUCAAUUGAGAUGAAUACUUUUAUUACGUUUUUCCGGAAUUUUCUUGAAACUUUCAAAGCUCAAUGUGUUGAUGAUGAUGAGAAUAUGUUACAAUUUAGUUCAAUGAAUAUGGAAGAGAUUGAUCUUAAUGUUCCUUAUUACAUGUCCAGAAUAGAUGAAAUUAAUCAUUCUGAGGUACCGUAUUUAAAUCUUAAUUUGGAACAUGUUAAAUCAGUUUCUGAAAACUUGUAUAGAAUGAUUAUUGCCUAUCCAUCUGAGACUAUACCGUACAUGGAUGUUGUUGCAAAUCAAAUGUUUGAAGAGAAAUAUGAAAGACGACUUCAUGAUCCAAUUGAAUUUAGGGUAUUUAAUGCUGAGAAGACAAAAAAUAUGAGAGAUCUUGAACCUUCAGAUGUUGAUCGUUUAAUAACAAUUAAUGGAAUGGUUGUUCGAACAUCACCUUUAAUUCCAGAAAUGAAAUCUGGUUACUUUGAAUGUAAUGUGUGUCUUCAUGGAGUGGAAGUUGAUGUUGACCGUGGUCGUAUUGAAGAACCAAAUGUUUGUGCUAAUUGUAAAGGUAUUGGCAAUCUUCGACUUAUUCACAAUCGCUCAUUCUUUGUUGAUAAACAAAUUAUUAAACUUCAGGAAUCACCUAGUGAAAUGCCACCUGGACAAACUCCAUAUACUGUAACAUUAUUUGUGCAUGGAAAUCUUGUUGAAUCAGUUCAACCUGGAGACAGAGUUGCUGUAACUGGAAUUUAUCGUGUAAAUCCAAUUAAAGUCAAUCCAAUAAUGCGAGCUGUCAAAGCUGUAUUUCGUACAAAUAUUGAUGUAUUACAUUUUAGAAAAGUUUCUGCUGGUAGACUUCAUCAAGAAGAUGAUGGUUGUCAUUUGACAGAGCAAAGAAUUAAUGAGAUAAUUGAGUUAUCAAAAAAACCUGAUAUUGAAAAUAUUUUGAUUAGAUCCAUUGCUCCAUCAAUCUUUGGUCAUGAGGAAGUUAAAAGGGGUGUUAUAUGCUUACUUUUUGGUGGUACAAAAAAAGUAAAAGAUUAUGGAGAGAAAACAAAAUACCGAUCUGAAAUUAAUAUGCUUUUGUGUGGUGAUCCAGGUGUUGCUAAAUCUCAAAUGCUUCAAUAUAUUUUUAAUUUAAUGCCAAGAUCUCAAUAUACAUCAGGAAAAGGAUCUUCUGCUGUUGGUUUGACAGCUAGUGUAGCACAUGAUCCAGAUACAAAAUCUGUUGUACUUCAAACAGGUGCUCUUGUUUUAGCUGAUAAUGGAGUUUGUUGUAUUGAUGAAUUUGAUAAAAUGUCUGACGCCACAAGAUCAAUUUUGCAUGAAGUAAUGGAACAACAAACUUUGUCAAUUGCCAAGGCUGGAAUUAUAUGUCAACUGAAUGCUCGUACUUCGAUACUAGCUGCAGCUAACCCUAUUGAUUCUAAGUGGAAUUUAGGUAAAACAAUUGUUGAAAAUAUUAAACUUCCAGCAACUUUGUUGUCCAGAUUUGAUCUUAUAUUUUUGAUGGUUGACCCACAAAGUGAAGACUUUGACAAAAAACUUGCCCAACAUUUAGUUAACCUUUAUGGUGGAACUAGUGAAGAAGUUACCGAACAAAUUGAGGAACAGGAAAUAAUACAUACAAGUCUCCUUCGAGAUUAUAUAAGUUAUGCUAAAGAAAAUGUUUACCCUAAAUUAACAGAUGAAGCAUGUGAAGCACUUACUGAUAAAUACAUAGCUAUGCGUAAAGUGGGAAGUUCUGUCGGACAAAUAACUGCAUAUCCACGUCAAUUAGAAUCUCUUAUUCGCCUUUCUGAGGCACAUGCUAAGAUGCGCCUUUCUUCUCUUGUUACUGUUGAUGAUGUACAAUCAGCAUAUUCAUUAUAUCGUGAAGCUUUGAAACAAUCGGCUGUAGAUCCAGCAACUGGAAAAAUUGACGUUGCUAUUUUGACAACAGGUAAAUCUACACAUCAAAUUGAAGAAGAACAACAACAACAACAAGAAGUACUUGUUAAUUAA